AUGCUUCUCACGAAAGGUCUAACCGACCACCUCGCAAGCAUUGAGUCGCCCGAUGCGACACUUCCCGGACGAGGACAAUUGUGGCUCACUAUCUAUUGUAACAAAGCCGGACUCUUGGAAACGUUGACAUACAACAAUGUGUGCAGUGUUGAGCAAUUCGAAGAUUUUGUCAUUGGCUUUAACCAGGCAUCCCCAUUAUUCUCAAUCGUCGACGUUGGUAUCGGUAAGGAAGCUGCUGAUGCUAAGGUAAAAGAGUGCUUGCGAGUCUUUACGCGCUUUCCGCAAACUUCGAAGGUAUUUUUUGGAGGUUCGCACGAUAACGGUUACACUUCGACCCUCACCCACCUACACAACGAGGGAUUCUCUGACAAAAUUAUUCUUCUUCGAGGGUACAAGCAAUUAGCAUACGAAAUCAAAGGACUCGACCUACCAAAUAUCGAGAUAGAGGGCCUUUUCAUGAAGAAGAAGCUGUAUACUAACUCUUCUAAGAAGGGAUCAUCACCAAAUCAGAGGACUCAGUCGCCAAAUGAGAAGGCGCAGUCAAUCUCUCAAUCAAUGCCUCCGCCAGACAUUGAAAAAUACCGCAGCAAGUCGUCCACGCCUUCAAUGAUGGACAGCGGCAGUCCUACAAGAUCGUUGAAACAUGUCGACUUUGAUCAGGUCCUCAGCAAGCGUGCGUCCUGCUCUCUUUCCCUGUCUGAACUUUCCCCUUAA